AAUUACUGGCCUUCUGGAAUCAUGGGAGUUGUAGGAAAGCCUCAGGAGCGUAUCCCUUUGUAAUGGCUGCCUUACAUUUGAGCCUCCGUGGGAAAGCAUCCAAUGUGUUGUGUAAUGGGGUCAGCAGCCUCAGCGAUCUGCUGCGGGUGGAACAGCGGAAUAGCUGACCAAAAAUGAGAAGGCUUCCUGUUGCAGGAAGCAGAGUAAACAAGACGUGAACGAGCGAGACAGGAUAGACUUGCUGAUGCCGCAAAGAAGACUGGUCUCUGCUAAGCAAAUGGUCACUGACAGCAUGAACUCUGCCCUCUUCCCAUAGCUGGCUGAAGAGUUGAAUGGUGCAGUGCCUUUGUGACAAUGGCAGCAAGUAGUGGAGAAAGUCAGCUGCAGAGGAUUAUCCGAGAUUUACAGGACGCUGUGACAGAAUUGAACAAAGAAUUUACAGAAGCAGGGGAACCAAUAACAGAUGACUGUAUCAGCUUGCACAAAUUUUCCUACAAACUUGAGUACCUUUUGCAGUUUGACCAGAAGGAAAAAUCCACUCUGCUGAGGACCCGGAAAGACUACUGGGAUUAUUUCUGUGACUGUCUGGCUAAGGUUAAAGGAGCAAAUGAUGGAAUACGCUUUGUCAAGUCUAUUUCAGAACUAAGAACAUCCCUUGGUAAGGGAAGGGCGUUUAUACGUUACUCCUUAAUGCACCAAAGACUUGCAGACACUUUGCAACAGUGUUUUAUGAAUACCAAAGUAACAAGUGACUGGUACUAUGCAAGAAGUCCCUUCCUGAACCCAAAAAUGAGCUCUGAUAUUGUCGGUCACCUCUAUGAACUAACUGAGGUUCAGUUUGAUCUGGCAUCUCGAGGCUACGACUUAGACUCAGCAUGGCCCACAUUUGCCAGGAGAACGUUAUCUUCACUUGGCUCUCAGUCCUACCUGUGGAAGCCUCCAAGUCGCAGCUCAAGUAUGAGUAGUCUGGUGAGCAGCUACUUGCAGGCCCAAGACAUUCCUUCCAGCCCUGAUGGGAAUAGCUUUAUAAACUCUGAGCCCCUUGAGAGUCUUGACGAAUUGCAUGUGGAUCUUGACCAGGCACAGCUGAAGCAAAAGGAACUGCAGGAUCGAAUCCAGCAUCUGGAAAAGGAAAACCAUGAACUUCAGGAAGCCUUCAGCCUUGAGAAACAGCAAGCACAAGUGGAAAGAGAAAAGAGCAGCAAUAUUGGUGAGGAGAAUGUCAGGUUAAUGAAAAUGCUAGGAGAGCUUGAAAAACAAUGGGAGAUCUCCCACUGCACUCAGGACACUGUUCAGGAUCUACAGAAAUGUUUGCAGACAUUAGAACUGAAUGCUGUUGAGAAGCAAAAAGUAUACUCUGCAAAGCUCGAGGAACUGGAGUCCAGUAAAAAGGACGCUGAAUCAAAGCUACUUCUCUUGAACCAAGAGCUGGAAACCACCAGGACUUCCGUAGAUAUGAAGGAUCUUUGCAUCAGUGAGCUUACUGCCAGACUAAAGUCAGCAGAGCAGAAGAAUGAAGAACUUGUUGUCAAGGUUGGUGCUCUCAUGAAUGAGAAAGGGCAAAAAGCCUCCAUUCAGUAUGAUUCUGCCCUGAAGAUUGAGGAGCUAUUGCAGAAGCUUCACGAGGCAGAACAAGACAAGACUGACAUUCAGCAGCUCAAUAAUAGGCACAUUUCUCAGCUUAGACUUGUGGAGGAGCAACUCCGUCUGAAAGAGGAGACACAGAAAGAGUUUGAAUCCAGGCUGAGGAACCUUGCUGAUGACUCCAAGGAAGAGUCUGGAAAACUGAGAGUGAAUCUGGAAAUAAUGUCAACUGAGAAGACAGCCCUUCAAAAGGAGCUAACAGCAAAAGGCAAGGAAAUGGCUGAUCUUCAAAUCCAGCUGAAAACUUCACUGGAUUCCAUAAAAUCUCUGGAAAUAAAACUUGAGGAGGAAAGGAAAGAGAGGGAGAGACUUGAGGAAGAGUUCAGCUAUGGGAAAACAACAAAGGAACAAGAAGUACAAAACCUGAGGGAGCAACUUGAGCUGCUGGAAAAUAAUUUGUCAAAACUAAGUCAAAAUAUCAAGAGCUUAAAAGAGCAAAAGAAGAAACUUAUUUCGGACAAAGAGCAUCUCAGCAAAACAAUAGAAAGCAUGAAGGAGGAGGCCACACAGCAAAGCUCCUUGCUGAGAAAUGAGCGUAAAGAAAACGAGAAGCUGACAUGUCAGAUUGAAAAGCUGCAGCAAACCAAUCAGAAGUUAGAGGAGAAGCUGAGAGCAUUAUAUGCAUCUACGUUGUCCUUAGAAGCGGAAGUGGCCAAGCUGAGAGCCUCUGAGAAACAGCUCCAAAGUCAAAUAGAUGAUGCAGUGGUGUCUGUGGAUGAAAAAGAAAAGAAACUCCGGGGACAAAACAAACUGCUGGAUGAAAACCUGCAGAAUGCCACAAGGCAAAACCAAGUUCUGGAAGAAAAGCUGAAUGCUCUGCAGUCGGAUCACCAAGAACUCAAACAAAGAGAACAAGCUAUCCAGGAGUCCUUAAAUGUCUUGCAGACACAGCACCAAAAUACCAAAGAGCAUGGCCUUCAGAUGGAAAAGACCUUGUCCUCCUCAAAACAGUGUGAAGAGUCUCUGAAGUUGCAGCUUGCAGAGAAAGAUGAGGCAUUGCAAGGCCUUGAGACCCAGUGUAAGCAGCUACAAGGACAUGUUGAGAGGUACAGGAGAAAAGCAGAAGACCUUGAGGCAGAAAGGGCAAACGUUGAAAAAACUUGCCUUCAUCAGACAAAAGUGAUUGAAUCCCUUACUUCUGAGAAAAGUGCUGUGGAGAAAGCCCAGCUGGAACAGGCAGUAUGUCAGGAGAGAGAAGCAAGAGAUUUGGCUUCAAGGCUGGCUCUUUCUGAGGAACAGCUGCAUGUCAGCCAAGCAGAGGUAUCUAGGCUUCAGGAGAAGAUUAUGGACCUUCAAGCCAGGCUUCAGCAGACAGCUGUAGAGAAGGAGAAGCUGCAAGGAAAACUGGAUGUUGAAGAGACUGUUCUGAGUGAGCAAAAGGACUUGGCCCAGCAUCUGAAAGAGCAAAGCGAAAGGCUCAACAGAAACCAUGUGGAGGAACUUCUUCAGUGUAAAGAACGAGAAGAAAUGCUGAAAGAUGAGAGGGAUAAAGAGGCCCAUCAGAAAGCUGAGCUGGAGAAGAACUUCUUGUGCCUCACAGAUGAAUUGUCCAAGGUCAAGCAAUACUUGGAAACGCUCAACAUGGAAAAUGUUGAAAUCAAGGACCUUCUCCACAAAACGAACACUGAUAUGGCUGAAUUUGGCAUUCAGAUCUGCACACUAACAUCUGAAAAGGCAGAAGCAGAAGACAAGCUCUCUCAAAUUAUGGAGAAGCUCAGAACAACUGAAGAAACAGCAGCCAAAAAACAAGAGAAGCUGCAGCUUGAUCUCUCAAGGCUCAGUCAGGAGAACCAGGGACUACAAGAGAAAUUGGAGGAAUCUAAAGUUUGUGCUGCAGUUGUGCCUAGUUUGCAAACUCAGCUGGAGCUGGCAGAGAGACAGGCCCAGAGCUUACAGGAGACCAGCAAAGAGGAACUAUCUGCAGUAAAAUUUCAACUGAGCACAGAAAUUAUAAACUAUCAAACAAAAUUUAAGGCCAUCAGCGAAGAAUGUGAAAAAUUAAAGCAGCAAGUUGAAGAGCAGAACCGGCAAGCAGAUGCUGCAGAAGAAGAAUUCAAAGAGAUGCAGGCUGUGAAAAGAGAUCUUUGUACAAAACUGGACCUUGCCAUGGAUCAGGUGACUGAAAGCAAAUCAGCCCUGCAAAAAAAAGAGGAGGAAGUGGCACAAUUGAAAAAAGAACUUACAAGGGCCCAGAAGGAAGUCAACAAAGCAAAUGAGCAAAUUCAGGACUACUGUGAGAAACUCAGCAAGAUGAGAACAGAUCAAGAUAGCAACGAGCAGAAGUUAUUGGCUGAAUUAGAUGACCUCACGAAAACAAAGCAGUUCCUUGAAGAACGGUUAAUUGAACUUCUCAGGGACAAAGAUGCCCUUUGGCAGAAAUCAGAUGCUCUGGAAUUCCAGCAGAAGCUCACUGCAGAGCAAAGGUGGCUUGGUGAUGCAGAAGUAAACUGUUGCCUUGAAUGUAAAAGAGAAUUUGGCUGGAUGAGUCGCCGACACCAUUGCAGAAUGUGUGGGCGCAUUUUCUGCUACUAUUGCUGCAAUAACUAUAUCAUGUCAAAGCACACUGGGAAGAAGGAGCGCUGCUGUCGAAAUUGCUUUCAGAAGUUAAGUGUUAGCUCAGCUGACUCUGGAUCAAAUACCAGCCAAGAAGAGUCAUCAGGUUUGCUAGCCUCACCACUGUCCCUGGUCCGUAGAGUUAUGGUUACAAACGAAGCUGCUAAACCCACAGAUGAUGCACACUUUGAUAUCAUCACAGAUGAAGAAGUGGGUCAGUUACAAGAAGGCGACUCUAUCCAUAAUGAAAACCAAACUGAAGAAGAAUCAAUGGACCACAGUGUGACUGAUCUAAACAGCACCUAUAAUUCCUCAACCUUUGAUGAAUCUGAUGAAUUGCAAAUGGCUCAGGAUGCAGAGAUAUGUUUGCUGAAGUCAGGAGAAUUGAUGAACAAGCUGCCUCUCACUGUGGAAGAUAUCUUAAAGUUUGGAGAAGCUAACAGAGAGCUGUUCAUUAAGUCAAACACCUACAGCAUUAUUCCUAUCACCGUGGAGGAAACUGGCCUUACAAUAAGCUGGAUGUUUUCAUCAGACCCAAAGAGCAUCAAAUUCAGUGUGGUGUACCAAGAGUCAGAAGAGACCCCAUGGGAUCAGUGCAAAGUUCUUAUUCCUAUGACUCGGUGUAACUCUCAUAAUGAAACAAUCAGAGGGAAGGUGAAGGUUAGAAAUGCUGGGAUCUAUAUACUUGUAUUUGACAACACCUUCUCAAGGUUUCUCUCAAAAAAAGUAUUUUUCCACUUAACUGUUCAGCACCCUGUGAUCUAUGACGGAAGUGAUUUCCCAUAGCCUUUCAUAUAUAUAAUAUUUAUAUAUUGUAUCUUUUUAAAAUUAUAUUUUUAAGAAACCUUAUUUAUAUAUAAAUAAGCACUAAAAACACAGAUGUGUUUGAAGCCCCUUUGGAGCUAUGCAAUAAUUCUAACUUUGCCUAUUUGUAGGUACAAACAUAAAGGAAAGAUCUUUCAUAGGAACACUAACAAUUCUGGACUGUGUGCCAAUUGUUCAAAAGCCAUUGGAUUGUAGCCAAAGAAUGUGAAUCCUGACUAAACACUACUGAAAUCGAUGGAGACACGUUUGUGGUGACUAACUUACGGCCUGUUUCUUUCAGUAGGGCUUCAUCCAGAUUCACUUUCUUUGGAUGCAUCCCAUUUUGUUUACUGAAACAAAAAACAAAAAUAAAUAAAACUAUGCAGUGUUGCAUUUGAUGCAAAAAUAGUUCGCAAUCCAAAAUACGCAUUUUUCAAAGGGUUCAUUUGCUUUGGAUUUAGUCAGUCUAGGUCAGAAGCGUACAUAACUAUUCUGACCGUCUGUAUCCCUAGUUUCAGUCUUUCCCCCAUAUAUUUUGUUUCUCCAGAUCCAGUUCAUCAGAUGCUAUUUUGUCCAUGCACAACCUCUAGCCCACUCGCAGAGUUUUUGCAAUGAAAUAUUUUCUCAGAAAUAGGCAUGUCACUCUUUUUGUGUACAUUUUCACACAAAGCAAAGGUGCAUACAGAUAUAUAUAAUUUGAGUGACAAAUCCACUCUGGAAGUGCAUUCAUUGCAUUCCGCUCCACCCCACCUCAAACAUGGCAUCUCUUCUUUUCCAGAUCAAGCUCAGGGGGAAACUGGUCCUUUGCCAUUGCAGCAGAAGCGAUGCGUAGUGCUGAUUGGCUGAAACUAGUGAUGUCACAAGUACUAUUUUGAGUAAUUACUCCCCCUCCUCAAAAAACUUUUUGGAAUCAAGUUUAACAUUAUUUUUGCUUUCCUUGUGUUCUAAAGGGGAUGAAUGUACAUUUAACUGAGUACAUGCACAUGCAGAUAUAUGUAUAAAAUGCUUAGCCUGCCUAAAGAUUGGGGGAAACAAGUCUUAAGACUGAAUCAGCACUCAAAUUAGUGGCACACGCAUCUGUCCUUUUUGCAGCAAGGGCCAGUGAAAGCUGGGCUCACCCCAAGGGGAUGGAAAUCUGAACAAGUCCUAUUUUUAAGGUAUGUCUGUAUGCACCUUUAGGCAAGGAUAUGAGCAGUUGUGAUUUUAUAAAUAAUGGUGCUGUCUAGUGCUUGCACAUUUGGGGUUGGGGGAGACACAUGAUUUUCGUUGAUUUCCCCCUUCCUUCCCUAGUCCCCUGCACCCUCAAGCAUCUGCUCCUGAGAGUUGGAGGACCCUCUGGUACAUAUGUCCAGGGGAUGCAGGGGGUUGGAGUGGAAAGAAGAUACUGACAAAAACUGCACAACCCACCCACCCCCACAUGAACACUAGAUACUACAAGAGGAAAGAUGGGGUUUGGAUGCAACCCAAUGUGAGUAAAUGAGUAAAGUGAAACUGAUUUUAUACCUCUAAAACAAUUUCUUAAGUUGUUUUCUCAGGAAAACACAAAAUGCGUUCAUUCUGUUUUUGUAAGCAACUAACUGAAAUGGUUCUAUUUUGCAAAAUUUCCCAAUGUGUUAUAAAAACCUUUCUGGCUAGAAAGAAUUAUCACAGGAAUUACAGAUUUCCUGUGGAGAAUAAUCAGUAUUUAUAAAAUUGUACACUUGAAGAACUUUGAAAAUUUCCACCUGCAGACCAUUAAGCUCCAGUGCCAAGGCCAACAUUGCUAUGAAAAUAUGGAGAACUAUGGAUAUGUCAUGCAAUUUGUGAGGAGCAUGUAGAAGGUGGCACUUUGUUAAGCAAUAUUUUGUAUGGAGUAGAUGAGACCCCCCCCCUCUAUAUGACAACAGCCAGGAGGUUUUGGGUUGCAUCCUGCUUGAGUCCUGUUUGCUAUAUAUACUUGCUAAGCUUAUACUAAACCUUUUCCCAUAUUAGCAGCAAAGAAGUUGCCAUGGUAAAGGUGUGUAGGAAGAGAAGCUUGGGCUGUUUUGCUUUCUAAAAGCAUACAGUUCUAAGACUGUCUCCAAUUUAUUUGUCCAAUUUAAUUUAAAAGGCCCAAUUGUAAAUUUGCUGGCAACCUUAUCCUAUCCUUAAUGCUAAUGAUGCAUGAUGGGAAAAGGAGGAAGAUAAUCUGGUUCCUCUUUUAGCAAAAGGGUGCUAAACUGUGUGAGGAAUGGAAGUUACAGCAGUACAGGACAAAGCUGUAGUAACAUCACCUGUUACUACAGCUCUGUACUACAGCAGUAGAGAGCUGUGGUAACAUUUCCAUUGCCAUCAGAGCAAACACCAAGCCAGCCAGGGACAUACAUUUUGGGUGGGAUAUAAAUAUGUCAAAUAAAAAUAAAUAAAUAAAUAAAUCAUGUCUUUUAGUAGGCAGAACAUCCAGUAUGCUACCAUUAUUCUUCUGCUUUCAUCCUCACUGCCCCACUUGUGUACAUGUUCUGUCAGUCAAGGCUAUGUGACACAGAAAGGGGGACUUAGUUAUCUGUACAGUGCUGGUAUUGCUGUGAAAUACUGGGGCAGAUUUGAGUACUGGGUAAAAUCAGGGCAGUGGGGCAAGGGGAAAGUGUUCAUCCAGCAUGCAAGCCCCCUGGCUAAGAAGAAAACACAAUAGAAGUAUUGCAGAGAAGCAAUACAAUAUGAAUUAUGCAUUUGCCAUCUCAUUAUUGAAUUAUUGCCAUCUCAUUAUUCUUCAAGUGCUAGGAGUGUGUUUUACUUUGAACUGAAGCAAUAGGACUUUCACAUGAAAAACUGAAAUACUGUUUGCCAUGGACUGUGCAAUAUAAAAUGGAUUUUGACUUGAAAUCCAUGUAGUGUUUUAGCUGUGGUUUUCUAAUCUAUUUUGCUAUGGGGUUUUGGAGAGAAUGACAACCUUGCAAAGCUGUUUUUGAUUUGAAUUAAUAUGAAAGGGAUACUGUGCUUUAUAUGUAUGAUUUUAAAUAUAUUUGGUGAAAGAAAAA